CCCAGAUCGCCGCCUAACCUGCUCGCGCAGCCGCUGUCUCGUCUGCCCACCGACGAAGCAUGGGCGUCCAGGGCUUCCAAGAGUUCCUGGAGAAGCGUUGUCCCGGGGCCGUGGUGCCCGUGGACCUCCUCAAACUCGCGCGCACGGUCUCGCGCCAGCAGCAACAGCACCAGCAUCGUCAGCUGCCGCCUACGGCGGCACUAGCGCCCGGGGCUCCACGCACCACCAGGGGCUCCGCGCCUCUGCAACCGCCGCUCCCGCCCGCUGCCUUGGGUGCCUACUCCGGGGGCGCGGGGCCGACUCGGCACCAUCACCCCGCUCACCACUUCCACCACCACGGCCAAGCGCACCCUGGGCUGCACCCGCCGCUGCCGCCGCCGCCCCCUCCGCUGCCCGGGGCCCGGGUGCUUGUGGACGCGGGCUCGGCGCUUCCGCGGCUUUAUGGUGGCUACCAGACGGACUGGGUGUGUGGCGGCCAAUGGAACGCCAUGCUGGGCUACUUGUCAGCGCUAUGCCAGGCUUGUGCCUAUCCCGGCGGCGACGGCCUGGAGCUGGUGGUCAUGUUCCCCGGGGGCCUGGGAAAGGACCGGCUGGCCGAAUGGGGCCGUCGGUGCCAGGCCGAACGGCAGACAGCGCAACUGAUCGUGGGACACGUGGGCAACAAGGGCACCCCUCCUCCACGGGCCUGGUUCCUGCCACCGGCCUGCCUGAGCCACUGCGUGAGGCUAGCACUCAUCCGCUUCCGGGUCAAGGUCUUUCAGAGCCUUGAAGACCACCAUUUGGAAGUGGUGGCUUUUUUCAGGGAAAAUGGCUUCCAUGGCCUUCUUGCCCAUGAUUCCGAGUAUGCUCUCUACAAUAUUCCUUCUUACUACAGUUCCCAUGCUCUGAAGCUGAGCUGGAAUGGGAAGAAUCUCACUACCAAUCAGUUCCUGAUGCAGGAGGUAGCCAAGCAGCUGGGCUUGAAGCGAAUGAAUUUUCCCAUAUUUGCUGCACUGCUAGGUAACCACAUUCUUCCAGAUGAGGACCUGGCUGCUUUUCACUGGAGCCUCUUGGGACCAGAGCAUCCCCUUGCAUCACUUAAGGUGCGAGCUCAUCAGCUGGUGCUUCCUCCCUGUGAUGUGGUGAUCAAGGCUGUUUCUGAGUAUGUUAGUUCCAUCAAAGACCCCUCAAACCUGGAUGUGGUUGGGAAGGAUGUUUUCAAACAGUCUCAGUCCAGGACAGAAGAUAAAAUAGAGCGAUUCAAGAAAGCAGUUGAAUAUUAUUCUGUCACAACCAAACUCUCUUCACUGCCAGUGGGUCCCUCCUCCUUUCUAGGUCUUCGAAAUAAUCGGCUUGGAAAUCCUCCCCUUCCACGAAAUCAGAUGAGCACUAUCUCUGCUGGAAAGCCAAUGUUUUCUCACCAUGUGCCCCAGAAAAUGAAAUAUCCACCACCAUUCCCAAUGGGACCCAACUCCUCUCUUCUCUUCUCUCCCCAUGCUUUGGGGGAAUCCCAUGCUUUUUCUGAGGAUCCCAUGCUGCAGGACAGCCCCUUUGCCAAUUGGGCUGUCUCUUAUGACUCCUCUGCAUCCCAUUUUCCCAAUUACUUGACUUCCAAAACCUCACCUCCUUUGGGACCAGACUCUUCUCACUCCUCUUCCUCUGAUGGUGAUGAACCAAAUGGAACCAGCUCUGAUCACAUCACAGAAACACUUCAGCAGCAGCCUGGAUGGGAGGAUCCAAAUGGUGACAGAGGAUCCUGGGUACAGCCCAUCGAUGCUGGAGUUGCAGAUACCAGCCUGGGUGAUGGAGAGCCCCACAUCCCAUCCCUGCUAUCUAUGUCUACAAGGAACCACAUGGACAUCACCAUUCCCCCCUUACCUCCAGUAGCUCCCGAAGUCUUACGGGUUGCUGAACACAGACACCGAAGGGGUCUUAUGUACCCAUAUAUCUAUCAUGUCCUCACUAAGGGUGAGAUUAAGAUCCCCGUAUGUAUUGAGGAUGAGUGUAACAUGGAGCUGCCUCCAGCUGCUCUCCUGUUCCGGUCUGCACGUCAGUAUGUUUAUGGAGUCCUUUUCAGUCUGGCAGAAACACAGCGGAAAAUGGAACGCCUAGCCAUGCGGCGGCGGCUACCUGUAGAAGUUCCUUCAGUGAUCCUCAAAGAGUGGUCUGCCUAUAAAGGGAAGUCUCCUCAAACCCCUGAGCUGGUGUCUGCACUGACGUUUCGGGAAUGGACUUGCCCAAACCUCAAGAAGCUCUGGCUAGGCAAAGCCGUUGAGGACAAGAACAGAAGGAUGCGGGCCUUCCUGGCCUGUAUGAAGUCAGAUACACCCAGUAUGCUCAAUCCAGCUAAUGUCCCAACCCAUCUGCUGCUCAUGUGCUGUGUACUCCGGUACAUGGUUCAGUGGCCUGGUGGCCGAAUCCUGCAUCGCCAUGAGCUUGACACUUUCCUUGCUCAGGCAGUAUCUACCCAGCUUUAUGAACCCGAUCAGCUUCAAGAACUCAAGAUUGAGAAACUGGAUGCCCGAGGGAUCCAGCUUGCUGCCCUCUUCAUGAGUGGGGUCGACACAGCUCUGUUUGCUAAUGAUGCCUGUGGCCAGCCAGUCCCAUGGGAGCACUGCUGCCCCUGGAUUUACUUCGAUGGCAAGCUGUUCCAGAGCAAGUUAAUUAAAGCGGGCCGAGAGCGAGUAUCCUUGCUUGAGCUCUGCGAUGGCCAGGCUGACCUGGCAACCAAAGUGGAAAAGAUGAGACAGAGUAUCCUUGAAGGAGUCAACAUGAACCAUCCACCACCUUCUGCUCUACUUCCAUCACCUACUUUUGUGCCUCCCAUGGUGCCCUCUCUCUAUCCUGUUUCACUUUAUUCCCGAGCCAUGGGCUCAGUGCCACCUCCCCCUCAAGGACGGAGCCGGGGAUUUGCGGGUCUCCAUCCAAUCCCACCCCAAGGAGGAAAACUGGAGAUUGCUGGGAUGGUUGUGGGCCAGUGGGCUGGUAGUAGGUCCUCCAGGGGCCGAGGCUCUUUUGGCAUGCAAGUUGUUUCUGUCGGUGGGCCAGGAAAAGGGCAUGGAAAAGAACAGACUGGUAGAGGAUCCAAAGGACAUAAAAAAGGAAACAAACAAGGCACUUCUGAUGGAGUUUCUAAAUCCCUGGAGCCUCAUCAGGGUCGGUCCCACUCACAGGUAAAUGGAAACAGUGGCACAUCAAUCAAAGAAGAGAAGAGUGAUCAUCACCUUCCAGCUUCAUCCCAGUGUGCCUUACCCAGAGACAACAACAUGUGUAAUAAUGGUAACCGGUACUUCCCUGCGAAGAAUGGGGAGAAGAGCCGCUUGCAAGAGCAAAAGCUAGGAACUGUGGCACAGCAGAAGGAAGGGUAAUGAGCAGAAGAUGGCUUCAGCAGAUCAGGAAGAGAGGAAAACCUAUACUUUUCUGAUUGUAGGCCCAAGUUAGAGGAGGACAUGAAUGCUUACCCUAGAUUUACCCAGGAUUUUAUUGGGAUGUCCUAUUGUAUUCAUCUUUUUCCAUUCCCUGUCUUUUUCUGGAUCUCCAGACUUAGUGGUCGGCUUCUGGGGAAGCUCUGGCCAGAGAUGAAUGGCCGCAGCACUAGCUCCUAUUCUCAAAUCGAAUAUGAAGUGCCAAUAUUCUCUUUGCCUCCCCUGGGAGUGUAGCAAGGCGGUGUCUGUCAGAAAUCUGGUGUCAUCACGUAAGGCCCUAUAGAAAAGUUCCAGCUUUGGUUUUCUGAGUCUUCGUCACAUUACUCAUUUACAAAACCCAUGGAUGGUAGGGGUAGGGACUGCCAUCUGUGGCCUCCUAACUUGUAUUUUCCUCUGUGAAGUAGUGGGAUCUUGGUAUAUAAUCCGUACCCUCCUCUCACUCUUUCUCCCCAUCCACCUAACCCAGGAUUUUGUACCACUGCCUCUAACUCUGGCCUGACAAUCAGAUAGGUAAAUGUUUUCAGGGAAGUGAAAUAGUAUUGGUUAUUUUAUUUUAUUUUAUUUUUUAUUUUAUUUUAUACACUUAAAAAAAAAACUACCAAUGGCCUUUGUACUGGGGGAUUCUAGUGAGUCGGAAAAGUACUGGGCAGAUUUUUCCUGCCUCUGAACUAAUGCAUUGUUUGUAAAAUAGAAGAUGUGGUGCAGUUCACCCACUCCCUGCUGCCCACACCCUAAGAGGGUGGGAAUCAAUGUAUUAAAACUGAGUACAAAAGGGAACUGAAAAGACAGUGCAUGUGUGUGUGUGUGUGUGUGUGUGUGUGUGUGGGUGUG